AUGGGCCACGAGCACUCCCCAGAUCUGCGCCAUUCUCACCUCACAUCGUUCUCUCUGCUCACGUCAAAGCGAGAUCUAAGCAUCCACCUUGAGACUGCACUCCGGGGCGUGGUCAUUGCGGACCGAUGGCCCAAGAGCGGUGUUGAUAUCAUCAUCUCUGUUAUCGAAGGGGAUCAAGACCGUGGUCUGUCCCGGGGCGACUACGACGAGGCGUGGGACACAAUGAACGUCCUUAGUGGGUGUGUCUCCGUCGCAUCUGCUGCUCUCGCUGAUGCCGGUAUUGACUGCGUUGACACUGUCGCCGGUGGAGUUGCUGCACUCGUGGCUGAUGGAGAAGAGUCUACACCGAGAAUUGUGGUUGACCCCGUACCAUCACAACACAGCAAGGUCCUAGCCGCCUGUUGCGUUGCAUAUCUACCCACUCGCGACGAGGUUACCAACCUCUGGUUCAAGGGUGAUGUGCCUGCAUCAGAUGCUUCGACCUACACGAAGAUGAUAGAAAACAGCAUUCUAGCUUCACGAAAAGCUAACCGGGUUCUUGUCGACUCUCUAAACGAGACUGUUGUGCAGGCUCGAUGA